AUGUGUUGCUGUUGUUGUGGACUGCAUCGCCACCAGAUUCAUCUCAUUAGUUACGCUUGUGUCGCAGGCGGUCUUAUCGCAACGGGUCUCGUGUUCACGGUUUUUUCGAUUUUCUAUAAGGACUCACAAAUUGGCAAGGUAUGGCUUGCCGGGCCGACGACAAUGGUUGUUGGGUUGGUUCUAGUGGGAAAAGUGAUGAUCGAUUGGGGUCCGGCGAUGAUGUCGGCAAGACAGGGAUCAAUCGACUCGAGAAUGGCAGAGCAGACAAUGAACCCGGCAACUCAACGACUAGCCAACAACGGUGCAAUGAUGAUGCCGAAUGGUCGGAGUUUUGCCUACUCCCAUUCCUCGUCACCCGAUGGAUAUCAACGAGCGCUCAUCAUCCCCAAUCAGAACACACAGAAUCACAGCAAUGGAAGCAUUUCUGUUCAUUCUGGCUCCCGAUCUCCCAGCUCACAACUCCCACAAACAACCAUAGCGGCUCCACUGAAACAACCUGUGGCCGAAUCUUGUCUCAUCUACUCACAAUAUGAGCCACCAUUCAGCAAUCUGAAUGCCACUCCAAUUGGUUCUCGGCUCUCACAAGCUAAACUAGAGCAAUCACCGCGAGGCAGCAUUACAUCGCCGGCAGUCAGUGAGAUUUGCGAGUGCGCCAAGUAUGGCUCAAUUCGCCGCCCAGUCAAUCUUUAUCAAGGAGAAUCCUUUGUGCUCAACGAUCGAAAUUACCUAAUA